CACACCGUCCGCAUCCGUCGCGAUGCGCUGCACGUCGUCGCGUGACCUCCUCUUUUAUGCCGGUUUCCACGUCGUCUUCUCGAAGCUCGUGUUUUUCCAAGGUUUUGGCGCAUCCCUGGUGCCGUUCACGAAUCAGAUCGUGCUCCCCGCACAUCAAACGGCACUCGCCCUGCCAGCUUCGCUGACGGGGAGAGCCAUGUGACCCAUCUUCAAGCGGUGUGAUAUCUUCCCUCGUCGUUGCUCCACGCCCAAUCAUCCAAGAAAUGCUGCAGUCUUGUCAAGUGCCUUUGCGCGUUCCUUCGUGCCUUAUCAUACGCUUGCUCAUCGCCGGAACAAUGCCCACUUGGCCUUUUUUGCUAGGUACAGAUGCGAGAGCAAACCCUAGCCAAACGCAAUAGGUACGCCGGGAGUCGAGCGUAGCGCUCUCGCUAAGGACAACAUUCCCGAGAU